UGUUUUUCGACCGGUACAACUCAGAAGUUGGACCAGUCAACCGGCAAACACUUGUUUUUUGACAAGAAAUGAUAACAGCCCUCGUUUAGGGUUUUAUGUCGUCGUUAUACUCCCCACUCCACUGCAUGUUUGUAUACGCAGACAACAAAUUGCUUUAAUGGAGAUUAAUUUGGGGAAUCUUCCAUUCGAUGUCGAUUUCCAUCCUUCGAACUCUCUCGUCGCCGCUGGGUUAAUCACCGGUGAUCUUCUCCUAUUUCGUUACGCUGCCGAUUCGCAACCACAAAGGCUGUUGGAAGUCCAUGCCCACAGUGAAUCGUGUAGGGCAGUUCGAUUCAUCAACGAGGGACGUGCAAUUGCCACUGGCUCUCCGGAUUGCUCGAUUCUCGCUACGGAUGUAGAAACUGGGUCUGCUAUUGCCAGACUUGAAAAUUCUCAUGGGGCUGCUGUCAAUCGAUUGAUCAACUUGACUCCGUCAACCAUUGCCUCCGGAGAUGAUGAAGGGUGUAUUAAGGUAUGGGAUACCAGAGAACGUUCUUGCAAAAAUUCUUUUAAUGCCCAUGAAGAAUAUAUCUCAGAUAUGACUUUUGUAUCUGAUUCCAUGAAACUCUUGGGAACAAGUGGAGAUGGGACUCUAUCUCUUUGCAAUCUUCGAAGCAAUAAGGUUGAAACUCGGUCUGAAUUUUCUGAAGAUGAGCUGCUUUCUGUAGUGCUUAUGAAGAAUGGUCGGAAGGUCAUCUGCGGGACACAAACUGGAACUCUAUUAUUAUAUUCAUGGGGUUUUCUCAAAGACUGCAGUGAUCGUUUUGUUGAUCUCUCUCCAAACUCUGUUGAUGUCUUGUUGAAGCUUGAUGAAGACAGAGUUAUUACUGGAUCCGAGAAUGGACUCAUCAGCCUUGUAGGCAUAUUACCCAACAGAAUAAUCCAGCCAAUUGCAGAGCAUUCAGAAUACCCUGUUGAGCGUCUUGCCUUUUCACACGAUAGGAAGUUUCUUGGCAGUAUAUCACAUGAUCCAAUGCUGAAGCUAUGGGAUUUGGAUGAUUUACUCCAAAGUUCUGGUACUACUGUAAGGAGUAAUUCUGCUGUGGCAGACGAUGAUAGUGAUGAGAUGGAUGUGGAUACAAGUCUUCCAAAAUUUUCCAAAGGGACCAAGAGGAAAAAUGAGAGUAAAGAGCAAUCUCUCGGCAGUGCUGACAAUUUUUUUGCAGAUUUAUGAUAUGAUUAGCACCUUGUCAUUCAACGCGGGAAAAAAUAGCACGUUGUCCGUAACACUUUUGGCAACACUGAUAUGGCUAUUGUCCCUAGAAGAUGCAAGUUUUUCAUGGAUGCAUGCCUAUUUCUAGGGUUCUUGCUUCGAGGAUGCAGCUGUUAUACCCCGUGGGAUUUACGCUGGCAAUGUGGUCUCUUGAUAGCUGAAUUGUGCUUGUUACGAAUGAUUGGUUAAUUUUGGUUAAAAUUUUAAUUUUUCUUGGAAGAUUGUGAAUUUUUAAGCAUAUGUUGUAUUUUCUAGAAAAAGAAGUGGAGGUUGAUUGAAAAAUU